AUGUCAACAGCACACAGACUGGAGACAGAGCCAAUAAAGUCGAACUGACUUUUAUACUAUAUGCUCGAGGACUAUUCGCCUUUUGAGAACACUGUAAUGCUUUCAUGAGGUCUGAGAUUCAAACAACAGAGUUUCCAAACAAAUCUUUCAAUAAUUGCAGUAUCAGACUCAGCACGAGACAUAAAAUCUGAAUCUGUUAACUACUGUGUUUUACUUUUGGAAAACAGUUCAACUGAAACAUAUUCCAGUGGAUUAAUUAAAGACUGUCAAGGGGGUGAGUCAUCACCCAUGGAAUGGUUACCAAUAAUGAAAUAAUGACCAUUUUAAAUGUAAUUAAACCAAUAACAUUGUGAUUUACCAAUAAUGUAGUAAAAUGUUGAUAAAGAUGAAUAAAUGUUAUCUUCUCUUGUUAGGCAGUGCCCCGCCCGGUCCAGUGCCAGCAGGCACCAUCAGAAUCUACAGCAUGAGGUUCUGCCCUUUUGCACAGAGGGCAAGAUUGGUGCUGAAUGCUAAAGGAAUCAAGCAUGAAAUUGUGAGCGUCCACCUGAGAGACAAGCCUGACUGGUUCCUGGAGAAGAAUCCUCUGGGUCUUGUUCCAACCCUGGAGACGUCUGCUGGUGAGGUGAUCUACGAGUCCCCCAUCACCUGUGAGUACCUGGAUGAAGUGUAUCCCGGGAAGAAACUGCUUCCUCCAACUCAUUUCGAGAAAGCACAGCAGAAGAUGCUGCUGGAGCAAUUUUCUAAGAUAGCAGGUUACUUCUACAAAAAUCCAAUGGGGAAAAAGAAUAGUGAGGAUGUCUCAGAGCUGGAAGCUGAACUCAAAGAGAACCUGAUGAAACUGGAUCGAGUUCUCACUCAGAAGAAGACCAAGUUCUUUGGUGGCGACUCCCUCACAAUGAUCGACUACCUGAUGUGGCCAUGGUUUGAGAGGCUGGAGGUGUUCGACCAGAAUCAAUGUUUGGACAGCACACCUGGGCUGAAGAAGUGGACCGAGCGCAUGUUGGAGGAUCCAGCUGUCAAAGUCUCUGGACACAGUGUGGACACCUACAAGGCUUUCUACACCACCUACUUGGAGGGCAAACCCAACUUCGACUACGGCCUGUAAAGAGCUGUCGUCCUUCCCACAGUGGGCCACAGUGUGACAGACAACAC